CAGCUGUUCCGCCAGUCGGUCGGUCGGCGUCUCGGCGAACUGACUGAUCCUGUCAGAAAACUCAAAUUCCAGGUCUUGCGCCACUUGAUUCUUUGAUUGAUGACCCCCCCUUUAUCGAAGAUGGUGCGAAAAGUGGUGAAGGACGAGGAGGAGGUUACGAAGGAGUUGUGCGGACUCGUGGAAAAGUUUGCAAACGAAGCAAUAGAUUCCCGAGGGAGUUUCACCAUCGGUUUGUCAGGUGGCUCAUUGGCUAAAUUCCUCGGUAAAGGUUUGCCCUCCAUCAGCACGAGCUGGGAUAAGUGGUCCCUGUUCUUCUGCGAUGAGCGUGUUGUUCCCUUCGACCACGACGACUCGACGUUCAAGGUCUACAAGGGACUCACUGAGAGCACUCCCUUGAAAGCAGAACAGUUUGUGGUUAUUGAUCCGAGUCUUGAAGCUGAAGCCGCAGCGAAGGAUUACGAGGCAAAGGUGCGAGCGAAGUUUCCCAAUGCGGAGUGGCCAGCGUUCGACCUCCUGCUGUUGGGCAUGGGGCCUGACGGGCAUACGGCGUCUCUCUUUCCGGGCCAUGCACUGCUGAAAGAGGACAAGCUGUGGAUCGCACCCAUCAGCGACUCCCCCAAGCCACCCCCGUGCCGCGUCACAAUGACUUUCCCAGUGAUCAACAAAGCACGCUGUUGCAUAUUUGCAAUGGCUGGCCAAGGGAAAGCAGACAUGGUAAAGCGUAUUCUUGGAGAUGGAGAAGCACUGCCGUCCGGAAUGGUCAAGCCUAUUAAUGGAGAACUCAUUUGGAUAUUGGACGAAGGAGCUGCGUCUAAACUCUAGAAGUUAGUGUCAGUUGGUAACCUGAGAGGAAAAUGGUAAAUAGUUCCACAAUGUUUUUUAAACUUCAUUAGUGGAUCGACUUUUUUUCUUUCUGUCUCUCUCUUUAUCUUUUAUGUGUACUUUCAAUGAAAUGUUUGAUAUGUUCCUCUUCAUUAUGUGAUAAGUAUUCAAAUCGCCUUAUUUUAUACAUUCCAUUUUAAAGGGGGUAGGUAAUGGUACAGAUUAAAUAAUUUUCAAGUUAAUAUAAUAUAUAAUGUCGUUUUUUUAUUCUGUAUCAAUGCUCAUUGCAGGGACCACAUUCGAAACAGAAUUUAUACUGGAACACUAUAUGUGACUUAUAUUAAGAUGUUUAAUUAAACUAUUUAAUUAGAAAAUUAAAUAUGUGAUAGUAUUGCCUUUGGUUGAUAUUGGAAUAAUUACACCUAAGAGUAAAAGAGAAAAUGUAUUACUAGAAAAUUGUAUUUUUUUCAUGUAAGGAUUAGUGAUUUGAGUCAUGAAAUUAGGGAAUGUAUGAGGUUGUUUUUAUUAUAAUGUUGUUAGAUUUAUUGUUACAUGAUUAUUAAUAAUAUUCAUAGAAUUGUAUAUUAUUUUUGUUAAAUUUAUAAUUUUUCAGAUUUAUAGUUAGAUAGAUGGUGCUUUAAAUUUCACAUAUUUUGUGUAAAGCCAUCUUAAUUUUUUUUUAUUUUCUUUUCUUCUUCUUUUAAUGUGUGGAAUUCAUGUCAAACAAUUUGCAAAUAGAACAACAAAGGGAAGAACAAGAAAACACCUGAAUAUGUCGCAGGCCUCUUCGCUGCAUUGCCCUAAAGAAGCAAUACAGAGGAAAGACCUUGGGCAUAUUGGUGUGUUUUCUCGUUCUUCACUUUUUAUCUUCUUUCCAUUUUAUGUAAUUUAAAAACAUUCAGCUGUUCAUAUUGUUAUAAAGGUAAAUUGUAUCCUAUAUCUCAUUAUAGGCUGAAUUCAGGAGUUAAAGGACAAUUUAGAACACUGAGGAAGAAAAGCAUGACAUAUAAAUAUAUAUAUAUAUUUAUAGUUAAAGUUAUAGUCCCAGUUGCUUAUUUGUUUUUCCUUUGAUGUACGGACAAGAGGGAGAGCUUUUCCCUGUAUCUAAAAAGGUGCUGGUGUUGGUACACAACUAUUGGCCUGAGACAGACUGUUUUGUACUUUUUAUUUUUCAUAAAUUGAGAACUAAA